AUGAACCCGCCGGCGCCCGGCAAGACGGCCACGCGCUCCUCCGGGUACAACCAGAAGGCGCUUGCCGAAAUCCGUAACUCUUUACUCCCAUUUGCAAAUAUUGGAAGUUCUGAUCCUCCUGGCUCAUCAGCUGCGAGUACUGUCAGCUCCGGUGUGAGCUCUGGCUUUAGUUCUUCCUCAGGAAAUGGAUUGGAUAAAGACUUGAAUGUGCUUCCACAGUCGCUCAAUCAACUCAUUGCGUUAGGAUAUGAUGAGGAUUCAGCUGUGAGGGCGUUGAAAUUCACAGGAGGGCGUCUAGAUGCGGCACUCGAUUACCUGUCGAAACAAACGGAACCAUUGAAUGGAGUCCUCAAGACGAGCAAUUUAAGUGCUCUAAGCACUAAACUUAUAAGGAAACCGAGUUUAGAACGCGACCUCCACCGCGGCAGUCCAGCGCUCGACUCGGGCGCGGGCAGCUCCAGGUCGGACAGUCCGCGGCAGCCCGACGCCCCUCCCCUGCCGCACGAGAAGCUCAGUCGGCAGUACUCGCCCUCGACUUUUUCCGAACCGCCGCCGCCACCUCCUCCAAGAUGUCCGUCGACCCCUCCCGUGCCGCCGUCCGUGCAGCAGCUCAUGAAGCGCAUGUCCCCCGCCCCUCCCCUGCCCCCCGCGCGAGGCACCAGCCCCGUCGCCGCGGGCGCCCCCACCCCGCCGGCGAGACAACCGAUGAUCGUUCAAAACGGCCCUCAGGUUCAACAACAGUUGACUCAGCAGAUUCAAGCGCUAAAUAUUUAUCAAACGGGCGCGGGAGGAGCCGAACUCCCACCCCCCUACCCCCUGUCCGGAGUCCCGCCGCCCCCCUCCUACUCGGUGUCCAUGCAGAACCGACAGAGUCCCACGCAGUCCCAGGAUUACAGAAAGAGUCCGUCGUCGGGAAUAUAUUCGGGAGGAACGUCCGCCGGCUCGCCGAGCCCGAUUACGGUGACGCAAUCGACAGGCUCGGCGUCGGGCAUGCCUCGCCCCACACCUAUACAGGCGUGGACAGCGAGACAGGCGGUCCAGCCUCCCAUCAUAAUGCAAUCCGUGAAGAGCACUCAAGUGCAGAAGCCCGUGCUGCAAACGGCCAUAGCUCCGGUCGCCCCACCGCCCAUUUCGAAUUCCGUCGCUCAGCCGCCCCCGCCGUCGUACGCUAGCUCGAUCCAGCAGAAGCAGCAGGCGCAGACUCCGCCGAGCUACCCGCUGGCCCCCAAGCCGUCGUCGCCGGGCUCCACGCCGCCCGCGCUGCCGGCCCCCGGGCCCCCCACCCCCACCGUCCCCACCGUCCCCACCACGGAGCCCCCCAGCUACGCCAUCACCAUGCAGGCGCUCGCCGUCCAGCGCGGCAUGCCGGUCCCUCCUCCGCCCUACGGAACUCAGAACGACAACACGACCACCGUCAACUCCCACCACUCCCCUUUGCAUAAAAAGUUUUCCAACAAUUGUGAUGUUAAAGGCGAACCCUCCCAGGGAAUCGGGGAGAUCAAGUGCCCCAAUCAAAACUGCACCAACAAUCUGCUGAAGGACGGCUGCGUCGCGUCCGGUUCCGAUAAAAGCUCGAACGGCUCCUCCGAACGGCGGCCGAACAAAAUGUUAGAAAAGAUAAGGCAUCAGUCCCCCAUCCCCGAAAGGAAGAACAUCAGCAAGGAGAAAGAGGACGAGAGACGAGAUUGUAAAGUGAGAAAUUACUCCCCGCAAGCGUUCAAGUUCUUUAUGGAGCAGCACGUCGAGAAUAUUUUGAAAUCCUACAAACAGAGGACGUUCCGGCGCAUGCAGCUCGAGAAGGAGAUGAACAAAAUAGGGCUGAGCGCGGAGGCGCAGUGUCAGAUGAGGAAGAUGCUGUCGCAGAAGGAGUCCAACUACAUCAGGUUAAAGAGGGCGAAAAUGGACAAGUCCAUGUUCACGAAGAUCAAGCCUAUAGGCGUGGGCGCGUUCGGGGAGGUGACACUCGUCAGGAAGAUCGAUACUAGUCAUCUAUAUGCCAUGAAGACACUUCGGAAAGCGGACGUGUUGAAGAGGAACCAAGUCGCGCACGUGAAGGCCGAGAGGGACAUUCUGGCGGAGGCGGACAACGAGUGGGUCGUGAAAUUGUAUUACAGUUUCCAAGACAAGGACAAUUUGUAUUUUGUGAUGGAUUACAUACCGGGCGGUGAUCUGAUGUCGCUGCUGAUAAAGCUGGGGAUAUUUAAAGAGGAGCUGGCUAGGUUCUACAUAGCGGAGCUGACGUGCGCGGUGGAGAGCGUCCAUAAGAUGGGCUUCAUCCACCGCGACAUCAAACCUGACAACAUCCUCAUCGACCGCGACGGCCACAUCAAGCUGACCGAUUUCGGCCUGUGCACGGGCUUCCGGUGGACGCACAACUCGAAAUACUAUCAAAGAAAUGACCACGGCCGGCAAGACUCGAUGGACCCCGUGGACGGGGAAUGGGGCGCGCUGGGCGAGUGCCGCUGCCACCAGUUAAAGCCUCUGGAGCGGCGCCGCAAGCGGGAGCACCAGCGAUGUCUCGCGCACUCCCUCGUCGGCACUCCCAACUACAUCGCGCCCGAGGUGCUCACAAGAGCUGGAUACACGCAGCUCUGCGACUGGUGGUCCGUCGGGGUCAUAUUGUAUGAGAUGCUUGUCGGAUCGCCGCCCUUCCUCGCUGCCACGCCUGCGGAGACUCAACUCAAGGUGCUGACACGACCCGGAUACACGCAGCUCUGCUAUUGGUGGUCCGUCGGGGUCAUAUUGUAUGAGAUGCUUGUCGGAUCGCCGCCCUUCCUCGCUGCCACGCCUGCGGAGACUCAACUCAAGGUUAUAAACUGGGAGAAGACGCUCCACAUACCGGACGCGGCGAACCUUUCGCGGGAAAGCAAGGAUCUGAUCCUGAAGCUGUGCUCCGGGCAGGAGACGAGGCUCGGCAACCACGCGAGCGAGGUGAAGAACCACCCCUUCCUGAAGAGCAUCGACUUCGAGAAGGGGUUGCGACGACAAGUGGCGCCAUACAUCCCCAGGAUCGAAUACCCCACGGACACUUCGAACUUCGAUCCCAUCGACCCCGACAAACUGCGGAACUCCGGCAGCUCCGACUCCAACAAAUCGGACAGCGAGCUGCUCGACAACGGGAAGACCUUCCACGGCUUCUUCGAGUUCACCUUCAGGCGGUUUCGUGUUGUGGUCCAAAUUCGCCAGUGA